AUAUCAUUUCCGUGCGCAGGAUUUCGUGACGGACGAUUUAUUUUUGCUGACAAUUGCCGUGUUCUUUUGCAGUUCCAUAAUUCAAGAUGACGAAGGGUACCUCCAGCUUUGGCAAGCGCCAUAACAAGACUCACACUCUUUGCAGGCGUUGUGGUCAGUACUCCAUCACUCCGAAUUGUCGCCCGACAAAAUUUGCGGAUCUCUUCCGGGAUACAGCUAGGAAGGUCGGAAGAUUGAUUCAGAUAAGCUAACUGGUUGCGAUUUUUCGUUUGGGAUAUUCAGGCCGCCGCUCCUU